GAUCAUCUUUUGCCCCUGGAGACCCCAGCUGUUGGGAGUUGGAGUGGGAGAGGAAUCUACAUCUGAUGUUGGGGGAAGUUCAGGCACUCCAAACUUGUGUGAAAUGCCGUCACCUCCACCUGAGUUGCCUGAACAUCCGCCAACAUUGGAUCCAGCUGGAUCAGCACCCCGUACACCUGGACCCAGCCCCCUUCUCAAGCUUGGGGAAAGGCUGUUGUUCAACAUGGAGAGAUUAUGGGAGCAAAGGAGGCUUUCUAAUGCAUCCAGUAAUAUAGAAAGAUUACUGGUGCUCCAACAUGAAGCCCUGCUUGGACUUGUCACCGCGGUCAGGGAUCAGACUAACAGCAUUGCAGGACCUUAUUCAUGAUAUCUGGGCCUUAUGUCAAGCAGGGGCUGAACAAAAUGCACCUUCGGCCAGAGGCUCCCAACCCCUGUGCAGUAGUAGUUUGGGGCCAAUGCCAAGGUUGCCACAGAGUUUCCCCUGUAGAAAGUACCAUGGAAGCAGCAGGGGAACAAGCUUUGGAGGUGCCAAUUCUGGAACUACCCACUCUGGAGCAGCCCCCUCAAGAAAACCUCACCCGAAGACCAGUAUGCCUCCUUCCCCAUGGAUCCCUCUUCUGCACCUUCCUCACACUCCCCUU